GGAAGGCGUCCUCUGCCAAGAUGAAAGAUCACGCGAAGCAAACGAUGCGGCACAUGUUAAAUAGCAUACAGUACUACUGAACCACAAGCUGAGUUGUACUGCUGCAGUAGCAGUACCGACAGUUGUAAAGAAAGAAGUAAUCCACCUUGACAUAUUAACGAAAAUCUAAAUCUUCAAGUCUAAACCAGCAACGGGUAUCUGUAUCUAUCAAGUAGCGACUCUUAUUCAUCAUAGCGAAAAAACCAUUAGAUUUUGUACUAAGUAGCUAGGGAAGACUAAGUGCUCGUAAAGUAGGAGUCACAAAAAGGAAAAAAAUGGCAGGCACUGGUCAGGGAUACGAUCUGUCGACGACGACCUAUUCUCCGGAUGGAAGGAUAUUUCAGAUCGAUUAUGCGCAAAAAUGCGUCGACAAUUCGCCGACGUGCAUGGCGAUGAUCUGUAUAUGAUUACUACUCGUUCAUGCUUCUACUUACUACUUAGUUUGAACUUGAAGCUGGUUCAAGAACAAAUACAACUGCUGCAAGUUUCAUUUCAUUUCAUUUCACCACACCACACCACUCAUUUCACCUUCGCACUCUUUUCUUAUUCCUCACCACAGGUAAAGACGGUAUCGUCCUUGCAUCGCAGAAAACGAAAUUGUCAAAAAUGCUCGUCCACGGAACAAAUAAGCGAGUAUAUGCCCUUAGCAGAACAGCAGGCUCAGUUGUUUGUGGACUGGUACAACAACUCUGCUCUAGAAGAUAUUAACUAAUUUAUUGAACAAGUUUAUUUUCGAAUCAACAACCAUUCAACUAUAAUAUUAACUGUAACUUAUUGAACAAGAAGUAGCUCGCCGUUUAUUUUCGAAGUCGAAGUCGUGAAGGAUCCGUUAUCCCUAUCGCGUUUUUCGAAUAAUCAGUUUUAUUUCAAGAUAAAUUGUUUCAAUCGAAGGAACAACCAUUGUUGAACACCAUCAAAAGGUCCCGGAAGGACGAAGUGUCGUUGGAAGAGCGCGACAAGAGGCACAGAGCUACAAGAAAAACUACGGAGAAGUGGUAUUGUGUUAUAUUUUAAAUUCUUUGCUAGUACCGUGUUGUCUGUUGAUGAAGACCAAGUUUUAAGUUGUGUGAGUCCGAGCCGAACAUAAAACUCAAGCAUUAUGGAGGAAACCCUAGUAUAAAAAUAGGCAUGAGAUGCGUCUUAUUGUAUAAACCGAACACCAGAUUCCUGGCUACCUCCUAGCAGAGCGAGUGGGAUAUUACAUGCAUUUGCAUACGCGUUACAGUGGCCUCCGACCGAAGGGGUCGACGAUACUAAUCGGCUCCUAUGACGCAGAGACGAAAGAGCCCUCAUUAUUCUCCUGCGACACGAGUGGCCUCGUUCAGAAGUACCUUGAUGUUACCUCAGUAUGCUCGUUGUUUUAAAAGUAGAAGAUGAAAUUGUGGCUUUUCUUUCCCGAGAAAGUAAGUAGGAGUUUUAUUUCUCAAGACAUGUUUACCUAUGAUCCUGAAUAAACCGUUUUCACACGACUGAAGUAUCUUUUCAACAACUGCUCCUACACCUCCUUCUAUUCACCAGGUGGUUCGGAAAAGCAGUGGGCAAGGGAAGACAGCUCGCUAACACGGAGAUAGAAAAGUUGGAUUUGAAGACUCUGACUGUGAAGGAAUCUCUGUUCCAUAUAGCCAGAAUCUUCCACAAGGAGCACAGCACAGGCGACAGCAAGACGUUCGAGAUCGAGGUACUGCUACCACUAGACACACGAACUGUUACUCUCAACUAAUACGUAGUUCCUAGAAGUUGCAUCUUGAAGCAAUUGAUAAAUAAGUACUUCUUCUUCUUGCGAAGAUGACUACGGACUUGCUCCUUCGCACCGGAGAAUAUUCAAUUGAUUAAAUUCAAUAAAAUUUUUACGAAUUCCUCGCAGAGUCAGUCUCCUUAUUGAUUCCUCCUUAGGUCAACUGGAUCUGCGAGGAGAGUGGAUGGGAGCAUGGUAUUGUGCCCGCCGCACUUAUCGCAGAAGCCGAAGCCAAGGCGAAGAAAGCCAUCGAGGAUGAGGAUGAGGAUUAAGCGGCUACUUCCGCUAACAAAUAACAGAAGAUAUUUAUAUGUCAGACGCUGAUACCCUUCUCUAGUUUUUUAAGUGUGACAAAGAGUCCUCGAAGUUACCUCUCCCAAACUUCAAAAACCCGAGGAACUAGACGUUGAUUCCAUCUCUCGUUAUCCCAAGGUUUUUUCAUAUCUCGUUAUCCCCACCACACCACGAGUUUCCUCCAAUACGGAUCGUGAUUUUGGUUCCCAAAGAUCUCAUAUCCAGCACAAUAUGGCUCUGCGACAUUCACGACCACACCAGACUGUUGCCGACGAUUCGUCAUAAACACCUUUGAUGACCUAUGUUGAAUCCUAAGAAAGCCAAUAGAAGACUCUCCCAUGACCUUUUUCGUACUGGUCCUGCGGAGAUGAGUAAAUAAGUGGGCAUAUAAAGCACCCUGCAAGUGGAUGGAAGUGAAU